AUGAAUGAUCUGUCAGUCUACUGGAGUGGAAGCAGGAAGCGACCUGCCUACAGCUACGCACCGCAGCUUGUGCGUCUGCCACAGCACAUAGUAUCAAAGUAUGUGAGCAUGCGCAUGGACGAGGAGACGGCCGAGUGGCUGAAGCUUGCAGCCGAUGUGAAUGUCACUAAACUCUUAAUCUGCGGCAUGUUACGCAGUUUUGUUUCCCACACAACGGCCAACGGGAUAAUGAACCGCGGUGGGAUGUUUGUCAUGUCCACAGCACAGGCUGCGCAGCUACUCUUGGGCACGAAGGAGGGCCAACAGAUUCCAACGAAAUCGCCGUUCGAGACACUUUUGGACAUCGGCGCCGGUGAUGGCGGCGUCACCUCACGGCUGCAGCCACUCUUCCACCACGUGACGGCCACAGAAUACUCGAUCCCCAUGCGAUGGCGUCUCUGGUGGCGUGGCUACGAGGUGCUACCUUACCAAGACCCGUUCAAGAACAAGGAUGGAUCACGGCGGUACUACGACGUGAUUGCAUGUCUAAAUGUGUUGGAUCGCGCUGAUAAGCCACUUGAGUUGCUUCACUCGAUGCGUGACUCACUGUUGCCUGAUGGCAGACUUCUUAUUGCGGUUGUUUUGCCGUGGUGCCCCUUCGUUGAGGCCGGAAGCAGACAACGAAGACCUGUGGAGAAGCUGCCAAUGGAGGGAGGCGAAUGUUGCCGAGGCGCCAGCUUCGAGGAUUCCCUCCAGCGACUUGUGGAGAAUGUCUUUAUUCCCUGCGGUUUUAAGAUAGAGCGCUGGUGUAAGCUGCCCUACUUCUGUCAAGGCAACUUGAGAGUGGAGUACGCCGUCCUUCAUGAUGCGGUUUUCGUCUUGAAAAGGAGUGACGGAGACAUAGCCUCUGCGGAGCGAGGAUAA